UUCAAAUUAUUCAUAGGAAGAUAAGCUUGACGAGUGUACUUUACGACUCGGCAACGUAGCGUAGUCAUACAGGUGUCAGGCAUUGGAAAACCCAAGGGUUCUUCUGGAGACCUGAAGCAUCCCUGAUAUUUGGCCCUGUCAGUGAUAUCAUCAGGCGCCGAUCGACUCUCAGAUUGACAUCUAGACCAUGCCAGUGACAACAGAAAAAAUCUGCAUCGCAUCUGACAGUUAAAUGAUCCAAUUAUAGAAGAAUUGAUGUACGUCGUCAUUGACCGCACCGUAUGAAUCACGUGGCGAGGAGAUACACACAGCAGUACAAGCGACGUGAUCGUUCUGCUACACAUAUCUUCAUUUCAAUCCAAGAACAAAACAAACGCCUUAACCCCACCUGGCGAACGAGACGCUUGACGUUAUCAGUCGACCCUAGAAUCGUAUUCGAAGGUCAGAUCUCUCCACCAGGUCCACCACGGUGCCACGAACCUCACUCCAUAAUGGCUGGCACUUCAUUUAUGGGGUAUAUUUUCUCUGCUCCGUAUUCUAGACCCCGGCCCAUGUCGAUCAGCGCCUCAAAACUGCUGAUGGUGUGCUAUGAUUAUUCCGGAUACUUGCACGCGCAGAGGUUUUGCUUUUUCUCCUCCAUUCCCCCUGAAACUGAUCCAACGGCCCGUUUUAAGCUCUGUAUUACCCUCAAUGGUAGGCUGAAAGUGUGGUAUCUUACAUACACGGUUUACUGGUUACGCGGACUUGGUAUUGACGCAGGUACUUACUCUCUUGGGAUUUUUGCUACCAUCCAAUUCGUAGGCUCCUGUCUUUCACGCAUUCAUAAAUAACCAUGUGACAGUAUGAUUUUUUUUCUUAUCGUAAUCUCCCAUUAUUGCAACAUUGUCUGCUCUUGCUGACAGGUCUACCAGGGCACUUGCUCACCAUGCUGUGGAUAUAACAUUAUUAAUAAUAGUAUCUAAUGCUAACAUUAUACA